AGUGGCUUUUCGCACAGCAAAUUUGCCUUCCGAAAAGCCGCGUCACAGUGACGUAACACACACUCAUUUUUAUAUGUGCGCGACCCUCGAGCUCAGCUCUUUGCACCUGUCAGCACCAGCGUCAUGGACCUCAAGAUUGCUUGUCCUCUGCUCAUCGCCCUUCUCCUCGGCUCCACGGGAUUAGCAGUGUCCUUUAGGCUGGGGAUCUCAGAUGGAGACGUCGCUCAAAACCAAGACCUGCAGUUCAUGGUCUCCGUGCAAGAAGGUGAGAAGCAUCACUGCGGUGGAUUUCUUAUAAGCGACCGUUUUGUGGUGACAGCAGGCCACUGCAAGUUCAGGAACUGCUCCAUUGUUUAUAGCUCUCAUAAUCUACGUCAAGUGAAACAAUGGCAGAGGAUCAAAGUGCAGAAGACGUUCAGGCAUGAAAAUUACACCGAUAAGCCUCUACACAACGACAUCAUGCUCCUGCAGCUUGCAAAGCCUGUUAAACUGAACAAAGGUGUGAAAGUAGCUCAGCUGCCGAAGAAAAGAAGCACCCUGGAGAACGAUGCCAAGUGUCGAGUGGCAGGAUGGGGCAUGACGAGCCACGGACCCACAGACGACUUGAAUGUUGUGACGGUGAAAGUGCUUAACAGGAACAAAUGUGCCCACUUCUGGAAAACUCGGAAUGUUGUCAUCACAGACAAAAUGCUGUGCACUGGGAGCUUCAAAACUGAAAAAGGCUUUUGCAAGGGGGACUCCGGAGGUCCUUUAGUGUGUGACAACAAGGCACAAGGAAUUGUUUCUUUUAAGCAUGAAAGUGAAUGCCGUUAUCCAGAUCUUCCCAAUGUCUACACGAGUGUAGCGGCAUAUGCAGACUGGAUCCAAGCCCAUCUAAGACGCUCUACUGAUGAUUAAACGGUUUUUGUUUUCUUUUCCAGAUUCGUUACAUACUUUUACAAUUCGGACAAAUCUUUAGAAUUCGACUCUGGGACUGAUGGGAGGGUACGUGGGAGAAAAAAAAAAAAGCCUCAUUUCCAUGAUUUAUUACUUUUGAUAUUUGGUGAGCACAAAUGUAUAUAGAAUUAAUUGGAGAGGAGUACUUUGUGUGCGACAGCAGGCAGUACCUUAAGUUUGAUAAUUCUCACACUGCACAGUGCCACACACAUGGCCAUAGAUAGAUAGAUAGAUAGAUAGGUACUUUAUUAAUCCCAAGGGGAAAUUCACAUAGCUGAAGUGAGGUGAAAUAGGAGUUUCAAAGCACGCCAGUUUCAAUAAAGCACUUCCAAAAAUGGAAACUUUGUAAAAAUGAGAAGGUUUUACUUGUGAAGUAUUGUAAAGCUCUGAAGACCUACAAUGGCAAAAUGGAGUUGUGGAAAAUACAAGGCGAUCCAAGCAGAGAAAAAAAAAAUCACAGACAAUCCAAUAAUUCACAAUAAGCACAAAAACUCGCCAGAAGUGUCGGGAACUGUGGGAGACCCUCUGGUUUUAUAUGGUGGAGGGGCUGUUCCUGGAGCCGACUGGCAGGUGGCAGAGGUGGGUAGUAACGAGUUACAUUGACUCGAGUACUUCUAAGAGUAGUUUUACUGCACCAUACUUU